GCCUCGGGCGUCCUAUGACUAUACUGCCGCUGUUCAUUCUUGACCUGCGUAUAUUCAUACUCUACUAUGGCUGGAUAUCAUUUGAGAAGCGGCGCUGGCAAUUCCCCCCGGUUCGUAACCUGUGCUUAGACCAGACCUGGUUGCUCAUAACCUUUGCCAAGUUGAUAAUGCCCUUUGCUGUCGGAUAUCUCUUUCUGGUGUUUAUUGGGGACCCUGUGGACUGGUACUUUCUCGUACCACUUCAGGUUCUGUAUCUUCUGAUGUUCCUGGUAGUCAUCCUCAUGCUGAUGCGCCUGCGGACGCAACUCAAACAACACCAUCUCGAGACAACGCGCAUGUCUAUGAGCUUCUGGCUAGUUGUGACCUUCGGCAUCAUCUACUCCAAUCUGUCAUGGUAUCUCUUUGAGAAGAUCUUCGGAGAUGGUGACUCAGCCAGGAUACUGAGCAUGGAGUACUUUAUAAACAUUCUUAUAUACGAUGUGCAAAUUGUCAUCGUGAUGGCCAUGUGGUACUGGCACUACACGAAGAUCAGGGCCAGUGGCAUAGACCUUGAGAUCACUUCCGCAUCAAGUUCACCCGAACAAACCAGAGAGAUUCAGAUGGUCGACGUGGAUCAUAUUGAUUGUAACAGUGAAUGUGACUCCGAGGCAGAAAGCCAUACAUCACACGCACUUACGCAUGUCAUCACACGUGGUGACAAGUCAACUCAGAGCGAAACCGGACGUGUGAAUUCGGGUGCAAAGUCGGGACAAUUCGAGUCCAAAUCCGAAUUCUCGAGCCCUCGUGUGAAUUCCGCGAAGUCUUCUAUGAGGCGUGCGAGUGCAAUGGGGAUACCAGACUCUACCAGAGGUAUCCACCUGGCCGCACACCUGGGUCUGCCCGGGACAUAUGGGACACAGUCGAAUCUGGGUGCACAUGCGGGAAGGACGGGACUUUAUCCUACCUACUCGCCGUUGAAUUUAAACCAGACGUUCACAAGUCUCCCUCUUCACAUACCCGAUUAUGCAGACGAAAGCCUGUACACCAACCAGAAUCUGAGGUUAAGGCGGAAUAGUAAGGACGCAGAAGACUGUAGCCGCCUGGUCGCAGUGAGGCGGGCGUUAGAGAGCGGUGCAAUGCUAAGGCGCGACGAGAGUGUUAAUUUUUGGAGCUCAAAUAUGGAUUCGGAUCCGAAGGGGAAGGAGAUUUUGGGGAAUCUGGAGCGCCAGAAAAUUAGUUCGAACCCGAAUUUUCCGGAAGAGUUUAAUACAUCGGAGGUGCGGUUGAGUUCUGGAAAGGGACAACCUGGUGGCACCCGAACUCAACUGUCCGCCCCGGGAUCAUUGUGGGCCUACAAUGGAGACACAUAUAGCGUGCAGCUGAGUAUAGGCGAGCGUGCGAAGCUGACCAAUACCCGGUCAGACCUGAAUGUGCGCACAUACCUACCCACCCGCAAACGAAUGUAUGUACCCCGACUCUCACCCGCAACUACGAGUACACCCGUCCGAACUUCGGACCACCUCUGUGCGUUAUCACCCAGCUACCGCAAACCAGGACACUCUAAAUCAGGACAUUCUCGGUCGCAUUCGGAAGGGAACUAUUCCCCCAGCGACAUCAGUCUCAAACUACCCGCAAAUGCGGACACCGGUCCAAUACCGUCGGCGAUUGAAGACCAGCCCUCGCCGCUGACAUUUAGGGCACACCCCUUUUCGAUGGGUAAUGAGAACCAAUCAGUGGAGACGACCGACACCGCACGUCCGGUGAGCAGGAUAUGGAGCAGCGACGACAGGGGCAGGAGGCCUAUGGGGGUGGCACCAGAUUUAAAGAAGUGGGGUGGUUUGAGGAGAAAGCAGCAGUAGAUAAGAUAUAUGCACAUAGACACGUGUGUGGUACAGGGAGAGAGCGGGUGUAAGUGUAGGUGAGACUUAUAUACACGCAGAUGCUGUAGCGAGGAGGCGACAGUGGGUGAUACACAUAUAUACGUAGAUGCCGAAGUGAGGUAAGCAAACAAAUGAAAGUGACACGCAAACACACGGGUAUGAUAGUGAGGCGGCAACAGUAGACGGGGAAUAUACACACAUAGAUGCUGAAACGAGGAAGCAAACGCAGGUGGCACACAAACGCACGCGUGUAUGAGAAAGUGGGGAGGCAACAGUAGGUGAUACAUAUACACACAGAGAUGCUACAGUGAGGAAGAAAAUGGAGGUGAUACAUAUACAAACACAGGUGCUGAAAUGAGGAAGCAAACGCAAGGGCAUACAUACAGGUAUAUGAUAAAGUGAGGAGGCAACAGUAAGUGAAACAUAUACACACACAGAUGCUACAGUGAGGAUGAAAAUGAAGAUGAUACAUAUACAAACACAGAUGCUGAUGUGAGGAAGCAAACGUAGGGGGCACACAUACACGUAUAUGAUGGGUGCCUACAAACAUAAGUGUUGAAGUAAGGGAUGCGCCAGCAGGUGAUAUAUGUAGUACUUCGAUGCUAAGGCAAGGCAGCAUCAGCAAGACAUUAAUUAGCAUAUACACACGUAGGUGCUAGUACAAGUAUUAGAUCAACCGAGCAUGUACACAGGCGAUAGCACAUUGCAGUGUCAUUGCUCGUGGGUGGAGGCCGAUGGGUCCGUGAAUGCAUGGAAAGAGGCUCGUACACGUGGGGUGUUUAAUACCACCACGCAGAAAUAUUUAGGAAGUAACAUGAACGAGUAAUUUAUAAACAAAGAUAUAGUACGAACCCG